GAGCUCGCACGUGUCACCAGCCAUGGGCAAGAUCACCUUCUACGAGGACCGCGGCUUCCAGGGCCGCCACUUCGAGUGCAGCAGCGACCACCCCAACCUGCAGCCCUACUUGAGCCGCUGCGGCUCCAUCCGCGUGGACAGCGGCUGCUGGAUGCUGUAUGAGCGCCCCAACUUCCAGGGCCCCCAGUACUUCCUGCGGCGCGGCGACUACCCCGACCACCAGCAGUGGAUGGGCCUGAGCGACUCGGUGGGCUCCUGCCGCCUCAUCCCCCACACCAGCUCCCACAGGAUCAGAGUGUACGAGAGGGAGGAUUGCCGCGGCCAGAUGGGGGAGCUCACUGAGGACUGCUCCUCUCUCCAGGACCGCUUCCACUUCCCCCACAUCCACUCCUGCAGUGUGCUGGAGGGCUGCUGGGUCCUCUACGAGAUGCCCAGCUACCGGGGGCGGCAGUACCUGCUGAGGCCCGGGGACUACAGGCGCUACCACGACUGGGGGGCCAUGGAUGCCAGAGUGGGCUCUCUGAGAAGGGCCACGGAUUUCUAUUGAAAUGUCUCUACCCUUUUCUCCAUCUGGAAGCUAAUAAAAUAUUUCCUGUGUGUUUCAUGCA